AAGAAGCAGUCUCUGGUGCAACAAUGGCUGGGCCGUUUUCUUUCUUGACUCGCAAGAAACCCACCGCAAUCCCUUUCAAAGACUACUACGACAACUGGUUCAACACUCUAACCGACACCCUCCUCCCUCUCCUCCAUCAAUCCCUCUCAUCUCCCUCCCCUUCCCUCAUCCCCUUCCGCCGUGACCUCCUCCUCCAACACUUCCUCUUCUACUACGACUUACUCGACCUUGCUGCCUCCGACGAUGUUUCGCAGAUUCUUUUCCCCUCUUGGCGUAACUCCCUCGAAACCCCAUUCCUUUUCCUCGGCGAUCUCCACCCUUACCUCUUCACCAACCUCCUCCGCUCAUUCAUCGACGCAGCCAACAACGAGGCUUCAAUCCUCGAAAACCCUGACUCCAUCGAUAAACCAUGGCAAGUUUUGACUGCUUGGAUGAAUCCACCCAAGAAGCUGAUCCUACGUAUGGAGCAGAUCGAAUGCGGGUUAAGGCUGAUGGUUCCCCCACUUGUUUCUCGAGUGAGGAACGUGCAGGCAAAUUUUGUGGGGAAAGUUGCAGAGAAAUGGGCGAAGAAGAAGGGGAUAAAAGAGGCUGUGAAAGCAGAAAUGGAGGAAAUGUUGGAUGUGUUUCUGGGGGCAAACAGGUUGAGGAGGAGUGUGAUCAUCGAGAUUGUGAAUGCAACGGAUGUGUAUCAAGGUGCUUUGUUUCUUCAAGGCUUAGCCCAAUUUCUUGUUGGGUUUAAAGACCAGGCGUCACUUGCUGAGUUUCAACGAUGCAAGAUCCCCAUCAAUGGAGGAACUCACUCGGAUUUUUGA